AGAAAAAGCAAAACUAAGAUCUCAUUGUGAUGUAGGUGCUGGCCAAUCACUUAAUCAGCGACCGUCCUAAGUGCUAGGAUCCUGGGUAAAGCUGAUAUGCCUGUAUCAAUUCUACAACCUGUCGCACACCCCAAAAGAGGGCUCGCUGACGAUUGGUUAAGGACAAAGGAAAGUUUCUGUCAAAGUUCAAGAAGAGAGGGACUGCGUGAGGAGCAGUUUCAGAUCAUAUUUAACCCCACACCGUGGAGGGAACCGAGCCUCCGCGUGCUCUUCGGUCGCCGCUGUGCAAAGGAAAUGCCAGAGGGAAGUUUGUCUACAGGACAUCUGCCUCUCAGUUCCCGAGAAGCGCGAGGUCCGCAGCGACAUCAGUCGAAGGCUCGGCCUCUGCCCAUCUCACUCCACCCUAGGGCCGGCCUACGCCGGCGAGCCGCGGAGGACGACCCAACCCGGAGGGCGAGCGCGCCCGCUCCCGGGCUGGCCUCACACUGGGCCCCGUCUCUACUACCGGCAAUCGCAAGUUACCCUGGGAACCCAGCUUUGGCGGCCUCACCGCGGUGGCCGAGUGGGCCGCGAGGCGCCCGCCUCCGCUUCCCCACGCGCCGGCGCCAUGGAGACGGUCACGAGUCGCCGGCGGCUCCUGCGCCCACCAAUGGAAGCGCACGUCGCAGAGAGACGCGGACGUCGCUCUUCCAAGAUGGCGGCGCGUCCGUCGCGAGCAGCCGGGCCGGGGGGAAGCCAGCGAAGCCGAGUAAAGCCGCCGCCCGGGAGACGACUGAAGGAGCUGUUUCGGCCGUUGGCGGCGGCUCCGGCAGUUUUCGCUGCUGCUACGGCUGUUGCCAUGCGGCGAGGCUAGGGAGGAGCUCACUUCCCCGGGGUGUAAUAAUGUUAACAGAGACCAGUCUAUCCAUAUGGGGAUGGGGAAGCCUUGGCAUUGUCCUUUCUCUAAUAACCUUUGGACCCUUUGUAAUAUUUUAUUUGGCAUUUUAUAUCCUCUGCUUUGUGGGUGGGGGUUUCGUGGUUACUCUCCUGUUUGGAAAAACAAACUCAGAGAAGUACCUAGAACAGUGUGAACACUCAUUUCUUCCUCCAACAUCCACUGGGAUUCCUAAGUGCUUAGAAGAAAUGAAACGAGAAGCCAGGACUAUAAAGAUUGAUAGAAGAUUGACAGGUGCCAAUAUAAUUGAUGAACCUCUCCAGCAAGUUAUCCAGUUUUCCUUGAGGGAUUAUGUCCAGUACUGGUAUUAUACACUAAGUGAUGAUGAAUCUUUUCUUCUUGAAAUUAGGCAGACUCUUCAAAAUGCACUCAUUCAGUUUGCUACUAGUUGGUGGACAUGUGGAUUCAUCAGCUGGUGGAUAUGUGGAUUGUUUCCACCUUUUGGAUAUUAUGAAGAAUGGUCAAAAGAAAUAGACUGGCAACCUUAUUUUACUACACGCAUUGUAGAUGAUUUUGGCACACACCUACGAGUAUUCAGAAAGGCUCAACAGAAGAUAACAGAGAAAGAUGAUCAAGCAAAAGGUACAGCAGAAGAUCUUGUGGAUACCUUCUUUGAAGUUGAAGUUGAAAUGGAGAAGGAUGUUUGCCGUGAUCUAGUGUGCACUUCUCCCAAAGAUGAAGAAGGAUUCCUAAGGGAUCUGUGUGAGGUCUUACUAUAUUUAUUGCUACCUCCUGGAGAUUUCCAGAACAAGAUCAUGCGAUACUUUGUCAGGGAAAUCCUUGCACGAGGAGUUCUUCUUCCAUUAAUAAAUCAACUCAGUGAUCCUGAUUAUAUUAAUCAAUAUAUCAUAUGGAUGAUCCGUGAUUCUAAUUGCAACUAUGAGGCCUUUAUGAACAUUAUUAAAUUGAGUGACAAUAUUGGAGAGCUAGAAGCAGUCAGAGAUAAGGCAGUAGAAGAAUUACAGUAUCUUCGAUCUCUAGAUACGGUUGGUGAUGAUAUCAACACUAUCAAAAAUCAAAUAAAUAGCUUAUUAUUUGUAAAAAAAGUAUGUGACUCAAGAAUACAGCGGUUACAGUCAGGCAAAGAAAUAAAUACUGUGAAACUGGCAGCAAACUUUGGGAAACUUUGCACAGUCCCCUUGGACAGCAUUCUUGUAGACAAUGUUGCACUACAGUUUUUUAUGGAUUACAUGCAGCAAACUGGAGGUCAAGCACACCUCUUCUUCUGGAUGACAGUGGAAGGAUACCGAGUUACAGCCCAACAGCAACUAGAAGUUUUAUUAAGUCGUCAGAAGGAUGGAAAACAUCAAACUAACCAAACCAAAGGUCUUCUAAGAGCAGCUGCUGUUGGAAUAUAUGAACAGUAUUUAUCAGAAAAGGCAUCUCCAAGAGUUACUGUUGAUGAUUAUUUGGUAGCAAAAUUAGCAGAUACUUUGAAUCAUGAAGAUCCAACCCCUGAAAUCUUUGAUGACAUUCAAAGGAAGGUUUAUGAAUUGAUGCUACGAGAUGAAAGAUUUUAUCCUUCCUUCAGACAGAAUGCACUUUAUGUGCGCAUGUUAGCCGAGCUGGAUAUGUUAAAAGAUCCUAGUUUCAGAGGAUCAGAUGAUGGUGAUGGAGAAUCUUUUAAUGGGUCUCCUACAGGAAGCAUAAAUUUGUCGUUAGAUGACCUUUCAAAUGUAUCUUCUGAUGACUCAGUACAACUUCAUGCUUACAUUUCAGACACUGUAUAUGCUGACUAUGACCCAUAUGCUGUGGCAGGCGUUUGUAAUGAUCAUGGCAAGACAUACGCGUUAUAUGCUAUCACUGUUCACCGGCGUGGUCUUAACAGCGAGGAGAUGUGGAAAACCUAUCGCCGUUACAGCGACUUUCAUGACUUCCACAUGAGGAUCACUGAACAGUUUGAAAAUCUGUCAAGCAUAUUGAAGCUUCCUGGUAAAAAGACGUUUAAUAAUAUGGAUAGAGAUUUUUUAGAAAAGAGAAAAAAGGAUCUAAAUGCAUAUUUGCAGUUACUACUAACUCCUGAAAUGAUGAAAGCAUCCCCAGCUUUGGCUCACUAUGUGUAUGAUUUCCUUGAGAACAAAGCCUACAGUAAAGGGAAAGGGGAUUUUGCUCGCAAGAUGGACACUUUUGUAAAUCCACUUCGAAAUUCUAUGAGGAAUGUUUCAAAUGCAGUUAAAUCCCUCCCUGAUAGCUUGGCAGAGGGAAUGACUAAAAUGUCAGACAACAUGGGCAAAAUGUCAGAAAGAUUAGGCCAAGACAUAAAGCAAUCAUUUUUCAAGGUGCCUCCUUUAAUUCCGAAGACUGAUUCAGAUCCUGAACAUUGUCGGGUCUCAGCUCAACUUGAUGAUACUGUGGAUGACAAUAUUCCACUUAGAGUAAUGCUGCUUCUUAUGGAUGAAGUGUUUGACUUAAAAGAGAGGAAUCAGUGGUUGCGAAGGAAUAUCAAAAACCUACUUCAGCAGCUUAUUAGAGCCACUUAUGGUGAUACUAUUAACAGAAAAAUAGUUGACCAUGUUGAUUGGAUGACCUCACCUGAGCAAGUAGCGGACUUAGUGAAACGUUUCAGAGAUGCCUUUUGGCCAAAUGGCAUUUUAGCAGAGACUGUUCCAUGCAGAGAUAAAGCUAUUCGAAUGAGAACAAGAGUUGCAGGAAAAACUAAAUUACUUUCAAUUAUGCCAGAUGAGCUGAAGCACAUUAUUGGGGCUGAGACAACACGGAAAGGUAUUCUUCGUGUUUUUGAAAUGUUUCAGCACAACCAGUUAAAUAGGAGAAUGGUUUAUGUCUUCCUGGAAGGCUUUUUGGAAACCUUAUUUCCACAGUAUAAAUUUCGUGAACUUUUCAACAAACUGCAUUCACGGUCAAAGCAGAUACAGAAAUAUAAACAGAAACUUCAGACUACUCAAGCGCCUUCUUUACAGAAAAGGUGACACUCCAAUCUAUGAAGCUGGUGUUCAUUUUGUCCAAGACUAAUAAUAUGGACAGAUCUUCUGGGGCUUAACUCAUAUACUGUUGUGUCGCACCAGUCUUUCAGUGUCUCAAAAUAGAUUAUUAAUACAUCCAUAGGACUGUGGUUCUUCUCAUCCUCGUCUGUAAUCCAGCCACUACCAAGAGAGAUUUCUGUGUCUUAAAUGAUUUGGUGCAUAUUUUUGCAGCAUUGAGAGGAUACUGCCCCCUUCUCAAGCAAGAAUGACGUUGGUCUCUUCCAUUUCAGCCUAAUCAGCAUUCUCCAGCAAUGACAAAGUGCCAGAAUGUAUAUACGAAAGCUAAGGAAAGCACAAAACAAUGGUUCACAGAUAAACUGGCUAAUUUGUUUAACACUGGGAAACUGAGCAGUGUAUGACUUGGAGGGAUUUGUUUUUUGCGUAAUAAUUUUAUAGGUCUUUAUCAGAAUUUUGAUAUAAUGUGGAUUAGCCAGGCGAAUGAUCCUUGCAACAUCUGCUUCAGGUCUGGGGAAAGUGACAGGAUGCCCUUAAAGUAUGAAGUAACCUUAUAUCCUAAUCACAGUUUUGUGACAUAAAAUAAAACCAAUCAAAACCAGAAUUUGAUUGGAUUUGUUAUUCAUUGGUAUAAAACAAAUUUUAAUUGAUUCUUAUGUGCUUUGGGGCUCUAUUUUGCUCUUAUGGUACUCAACCAUAAAUUUUCUUCUGGUAUUCUGUGUGCAAAAAGAAGCAUAUAGUGGCAUUCUCACUUAAGUUUCAAAAUUAUUACAGGUUUCUUUAUCUUUAAGAGAUUAUGGAUUAUACAAUAGGGAGUAUAAUCUCUUGAAAGAACUGCCAAAUACAUUGUUGUUUUAAAAAAUAUGGAAAUUAAAAAAAACACACUCUUGAAAGUUACAAUAUGAUAAUUUUAAAUUGUGUGAUCUAGACAUACCUUAGGCGAUUGCAAAAGUAGCAAAUCAAAGGAUUAAAUGAGCUUAGUAGUCAUAUGUAAACAUACAAAUUCUUAAUUCUAUUACUGUGUAUAUAUGAAAAUAAAUAAUGAAAACAGAACUAUAAUAUUUUUUAAAAUAUGCUUUUAUUUAUAUUUUGCAUAAUGUAAAAUUCUACUAAAUAAAGCGAGUUGGCAAAACCCCUGGGUGUAUACAUUUAAAUCCCUAAAAUAAUUUUAUACCAACAACAACAAAUUACCUUUUCCAGUUUUGGAGCCUCUGCAUUUCUUAUAGUUUCUCGUUCUCCAUUUGUCCAUCUUGGAAGUCUUCAUAUCCCUUGUAUGCAGGAUUUCUGCAUAGUUUUAAAUACUUACACUGACUAAGGGUUUGGGUAUGUCAGCAUUUUUUGUUUUAAAAAUACUUAACACUACAACCUUAAAAUAGUGAAGCUACUCAUCAGACCACUGAGCCAAGAUCCUGGUAUUAAAAGAACGUCUGGGUGCUUAAGAUAAAGGGACAGAGUAUCAGUAUCCCAGUUAUUUGGGAGCUUUAAGAUUGGAACAAGAUGUUACUGUCUUGUUUUCACUGAGGUCCUACUUACAGAGUGAAGCCUAAUAACAGAAUAAAGCCUUCCUUUAAAGCUUUAUAAUAAUAAUCAUAUUUAUUAAUGAUGCUGUUGUGCAUACUUACAGUAUGCAUAUAUUCAGUAUGUGUUGCAUGUCUAAAGAAUUACAUAAAUGAAAUCCCUUUCAUUGCAACUUGGAAAUGAGAAAAGAUCCUUAUUGACUCUGAUGGAAGAAAUAGUAUUUUUUCUUCUCAUUGUGUCUCCCUGCUGAGGUCCCUCCGAUGCCCCAGGCUUUCAAAGUGAGGAUUUGUGAAACACGUCUGUGGGAAGCAUCGGCAUGGCCACAAGUGCAAUGAUUUUCAAAUAUACCCUUGCCCAUUUCAAGUAUAUUUUUGACAUAAAUAAGUCUAAGAGUAAACAAGAAUUCAUGUAAGAGCCUAGUGUGUACCUGUGAAAAGCAUUUCCAGAUAAUGUGAGGAAUGUUGGCCAUCAACCAGGGAAAGAAAGGUCGUGCAAAAUGGCAACUUUUCAUAACAGAGCCCUGCAAGGUAACUGCAGUCAUACCAAAAACUAUAUGAGUAAGUGGGUUUUUAAAACAAUUUUUGUUGAAAGAGUUUAUAUUUCAGAAGCAGAAAUGUCAAAUGGUAGAAUCUAUGUAAAUGGCUGUGCGUCUUCUCCACGCACAUCUGUGUUUUUACAUCAGAGAGAGCUGUGGUCAUGCUAAAAUUAGAGAUACGUUUUAAUGACUUGGUCAAGCUGUAUGUAAAAUAUUUAAUCCAUGUCAAGUACAGUGUACUACAUUUAAUAAAGUUAUUACAUUUAAUGCAUUUAUUGCAUAUAUAAAUAUAUACCUAAAGAGGCUUUAAGUCUUCGGAUAUUUGAUUUUUGAAUGUGUUUUUAAGUCAGUGGUGCCUUUAGGCAAGAACCUUCAAAAUUAAUCAUAUUUUGUUUGGGUUUUCUGAUUUUUCAGGUAACAUAUAAACUAUUUAGAAACCGUCACUACUAACUUCUAGUUUAUUCACCUAAAUAUUGAUUGUAUGAUUUAAAUAUAGUGCUUAGCUGGGCAUUUCCUACGAUUAGGGUGUUCUGAAUAGUUGCUGAAAAAUUGUGCCAUUGACCAAUGGAUGCACUUGGUUAGCCUUAAUAUUUUUGUUAAAAAAAAAAGUUAAAAACUUUCUUGUAUAUUUCAGUUCGCUCAUUUUAAGUUUGUGCUGCUGGUGUUUGGGGGAAAAUCAGUUAAGUGCUACCAGAAAGUGUAUCAAUUUUUUAAAAAUUAAGAACAAUAUAAAUUUCACAAUUUAAAAUUUUAAUUUUGUGCAAUAUUUUCAUUUAAUGCAUGUGUAUUUGAGUAAUUGUAAAAUAAAUGAAUUUUUAAUGUUUGGAGAUCUAGUUUAAACUGUUUCUUAACCCAACAACUUACAUUCCGUUGUUGCUGCAUCCUUUUAUUUAAGGACUUGUUUUAAAAGUCUUUUUUGUCACUCCUUGUAAAAUUAUUUUGUUAUUAGUAAAUUUUGCUUAUAGGAGCAUGGCUCCUGUACUACAAGGGAAGAAUAUAAAGAGCACAUCUUAGUAUUAUAGUUGUUAAAAGAUAACUUGUGCAUAUCAUUGUACAGUAAAUGUCAACUGUGUGCCUAACCUAUCAAUACUUUCCUUCUUUAACAAAGAAGAAACAACAAUCAGAAUGUCAGUUAUUUUUAUUGAACUAAAAGGAAGAUUAAAGUUUUUAUUUGGUUUGCGUUAUGUUCUGUCCAUUAGAAAAUACUAAUAAAGUAUUAACAAACCUUUUUGUUGAAUUUA